AACGCAAGAAAAAAAAAUUCGUGACGGAUGACUUUAGUGACGAGGACGUAAAGAAAGAGCGGUGAUUGCGAUUGAUUGAGAUGGUGACUAGUGAACAAUUGCGUAUUUACGCGUAUUUUUUAUUGUUUAGUGCAUAUUGAGUAUUACGAUUAUUUUAGUAAAAUACAAGUUUUAAGGACAAAUUUAUAAAAAUGGGAAAAGGAUUUAACAAUUACAUGUGUAAAAAGUUUUUUCAUCCAGCGUCACGAGACAACUUGAAGCGAGUAUGGAUGGCGGAACAACAAGCAGAAGCUUAUAAAAAGAAGCAGGAGGAGCUGCGAGUGCAGUACGAGAAGGAACAAGACCUGCAUAAUAAUAAAGCACUGCUCAGCAAAGAAAGUAAGGAUAAACUUAGUGUCAAUUUUAUGUACGAACCACCUCCUGGGGCAAAGAAAGAACGAGAAAAGGAAGACAACGAGCCUGAAUACAAGUUUGAAUGGCAGCGAAAGUACAAUGCUCCAAGAGAAAGCUACUGCAAAGGGGAUAGCGAAAUUCGAGAUCAGCCCUUUGGCAUACAAGUUAGAAAUGUGCGGUGUAUUAAAUGUCACAAAUGGGGACACAUAAAUACAGAUAAGGAAUGUCCCUUGUACAGUCAAGCGAUGAGUGUUGUAAUGGCAAAUAAUAAUUCCCAAACACCAUCUGCCCCAGAUACUAUGACGCUUGUGCAACAAAUGCGAGAAGAUGGUCUGGCUUUGAAAAAAUCUGCGUUGGAUGCACAACAACAUUUAAGAGUUCCAGAACAUGAACAUCUUAUAAUUUCUGAAGAUGAGGAACAAUCAGAAUUAUCUUUCCUAAAAUCUCUAUCAAAGAAGGAAAAGAAAAGAUUAUUAUUGAAAUUACAACUACUGGAGAGAAAGAAUCGUAAAAAAGAAAAAAGAAAAUUAAAGAAGAAAAGCAGUAAUAGGAAGUGUAGCAGUACUAGCAGUAAUACUAGUAGCAAUAGUAAUAGUAGUAGUGAUAGCGAUAGUAGCAGCAGCAGUAGCAUCGAUUCAGAAGAUUUUCAGUCUAAAAAGAACAGAAAGAAGAAAAAAUCAGAUUCUAAAAAACAGAAGGAUAUUUACAAGAUUUGUAAACAUAAAAGGAAACAAAGUUAUGACAAACACAAGUAUAGAUGUAAGGAGAUGAAUGGUGAUGUAAAACAUGAUAAAGAUAAAGAUCGUUAUAAUAGAAAAAGGAAAGUUAAAGACCAAGACAAGGAUGGCGGUAAUUCAAGACAUGGUAAAAUACAUAAAAAGCACUAUUAAUAAUCAUUUAAACAAUACUUAUAAAAUGUUAAUGUAACAUCACUUAUAAAAUUAACAAUAAUAAAAGGAAACAUUUAUUGCUGGAGAA